UUGAACAUUUUGUCUUCACCUGUGACGUUCUGCACUGGAAAUGCUACCAGCAUUUACUGGGUUAUUAAACAUCACUGUCCCACCAGCAUCCUCAAAAGCACAGCUCAGUUGAUAUUGUGUAUAUGCUACAUUUUUGUUUGCUGAUACACAAAAUGUUCUCUGUUAUCUGCAUCACUGCAGAACUAAUGACACUCUCCAAGGCAUAACUCUUUUCCUUGCACGUGAAACCAUGAUAGCUUUCAUAUGCUCCAAAUUUAGUAGUCUUAGAAACUUCUUUUUCUCUCAUACGCUUAUUUAACUUGUAAAGUUCAGGAAAAAUAAUGGUAGGAUAUAUAGAGCUAAAGCGUUGCAAAACUAACUUCUUUUAAAGCUCUGAGCCCAGGAAACGUGUUCUAAUUCACUCUUAAAUUAGAGGACUUGAUGGUAGGAUUAUUGUUUGCUGUAGGUUCAUUUUAAUUAAACAUAUUUAAGCUAGGAAAAUAAACUGAUGGUGCAAGUAAGAAGCUUCAUAGCCAUUUCGUAUCAUGUAACAUAAACAUUACUGCAUAUACACAUUACUGUACACUGUUGUGCCAACACAGCAGAAAACUCAAGCCCCUCCCCUCCUCCAUUCUUGUAGUAGAACCCUAUCAGUUCCUACAGAUCACAGAAUGGCUUGAGUUGAAAGAUAUCUUAAGGACCAUCUAGCUUCAACACCCUUGCCACAGGUGGGGACAUCUCCAGACAUCUCCCACCACAGCAGGUUGCUCUAAGUUCCAUCCAACCUGACCUUGAAUGCUUCCAGGGUGGGGAUCUCCACAACCUAUCCAGGCACACUAUGCCAGUAUCUACACCCUCACCAUAAAGAUUUUCUUCCUUAUACCUAAUCCAAAUCUCUUUUAGUUUAAAACUACACCUCUUGUCCUGCCACUACACAGCCCAGUAAAGACUGUUUCUCCAUCUUUCUUGUAGGCCAUUUUUAAGAUUUGGAAGGCCACAAUAAGAUUUUCCCAAAGCCUUCCGUUUUCUAGUCUAAAUAAUUCCAGCUCUCUCAGUCUGUCUUCAGGGGAGAAGUGCUCCAGCCCUCUGACCAUUUCAGUGGCUCUCCUUUGGAUCCAUUCUAAUAUGUCUGUCUCUCUCUUAUGCUGGACUCCCCAAAGCUGAAUAUAGUGCCCCAGGUGAGAUCUCACAAGAGUAGAGCAGAAGGUGAGAAUCACCUACCUAGACCCAUAGGUCAUACUUCUUUUGAUACAGUCCAGGAUACAACUGGCUUUCUAAGCUGCAAAAUUUGAAUUUCAUUUCAAAUGACACAAGGUGAUGCUAAACCAAGUUGUGUAUCUCAGUUCAAUGAAAGAAGGAAGAGUGUAUUUCAGCACCAUUAAUUUGCAAAAGGCUAACGUGCUCUUGCCUUAGCAAGAAAUUUUCAAGUCAUAAUCCUCUGGAGUGUUAUACUGCAGAAGUGCACCUUUCCAACACAUGCGUUCAUAGAAGGAUCUAUUUAUAAUAAUUAUUAAUUAAGGAACAAGAAAGGUUUGAAAGCUUCUGUAAUCUGUGUCUCGGUAUCUCAUUAUAAAUGCAGAGGGCAACCUAUCUGAUGCAACAAAACAACCCAUUGUGCUGUCUCAGAACAUUCAGCUCUUGAGCUUAUUAUCUGUCCUCUGGUCAUUGCCUAUUUCUGACAGAGUAUGAAAUAAUACAGAGUAUGAAACACAAGCAAAGAGUCUCUAUGUUAAACUGAGAUGCACAUUCUCUUCUUUUGUACAUUUUGAGUUUGACAAUAAAGUUACUAGCCUUCUAUUCAUCACCUGUCAUACUUAUUGCAGGUUGCAUUAGUGUAUGAGUUGUAAUAUUUCUUUUUAUAUCUCUGUAAAGUACAAUGGAAGCUAAGAUCCCCAUAGGAUAAAGCAGUUCUUUUAGCUAGCUUAUUGUGCAACUUUAGUUUUUUAAUGAUGGUGAAUUUUUCUGUUUUCCUGGAACAUUUAACUCCAGUUAUACGUAAAUAGAACAAAGCAUCAACAUUAGACAAGCUGACAGGAUGUAUAAGUUUAAAGGAAUGUUUUCCACUAACUUACUUAACAUUUUUCUAGCCCAGAAGAUAAUGAACAUUGACUGGCACUCUAAGCUAAAUAAAGCUGCACACCACACAUCUGAUUACAACAGCACACAAAUGAUCUUGAGGAGAGGGCAGGCUUUCACCAUUACCCUAAACUUCCAAAGAACAGUGCAACCUGAGGACAACUUCACAUUUAUUGCAAGCACAGGACCAUCUCCAGCAGAAUCACAGCAGACUAAGGCCAUAUUUCACCUUUCUGAUGAUGCUGCCGAAGGCUGGAGUGCAACUCAAGAGCACUGUGAGCCUGGCCGCAUGAGUCUCAUGAUAGUCAGCCCGGCCAAUGCCAUCAUUGGACGAUACAAACUCAAACUCCAGAUUGCUUCUGGCAACAAGACCUCUUCAGCACUCCUAGGCCAGUUUGUGUUACUCUUCAAUCCCUGGUGUCCAAAUGACGAUGUCUAUAUGGCUAAUGAAGAGGAGCGACAGGAGUAUGUUCUGAAUGACAGCGGAAUCAUAUUUCAGGGAAAGGAAAAAUAUAUCCAGAAAGAAGCUUGGAAUUACGGACAGUUUGAAGAAGAUAUCCUUGAUAUCUCUCUGUCUAUACUGGAUCGAAGCCUGAACUACCGUGAAGAUCCAUACACUGAUGUAUCCAACAGGAACGAUCCCAUCUAUGUGUGCAGGGUUAUUAGUGCUAUGGUUAACAGCAAUGAUGAAAAGGGAGUAGUAGAAGGGAAGUGGAGUGGAAGCUACCGCUCAGGAACCAACCCCUUGCACUGGAGUGGAAGUGUGACCAUCCUUCGGAAGUGGUACAGAAGGAGAUUCAAACCCGUCCGGUAUGGCCAGUGCUGGGUCUUUGCAGGAGUUAUGUGCACAGUCCUGAGAUCGCUGGGAAUACCUACCCGUGUUAUUACAAACUUCAACUCUGCCCACGAUAGUAAUAUCAACCUGAGUAUCGAUAAAUACAUUGAUGUUUCUGGGGAGACCCUGAACUUGAGUGAAGACAGUGUAUGGAAUUUCCAUGUCUGGAAUGAAAGCUGGUUUACAAGAAAAGAUCUUGGAUCUUUUUAUGAUGGAUGGCAGGUUUUGGAUGCAACACCCCAGGAAAAAAGCAAAGGCAUCUACCGGUGUGGCCCAGCUUCCACCAGAGCCAUUAAGGAAGGAGAUGUGAACCUGGAUUAUGACAGCUCAUUUGUUUUCGCAGCAGUGAAUGCUGACUGUGUUACUUGGAUUCAGCAUAGCAAGAAAAGAACAGAGAGAAUUUACUCCAAUACCAGGAAGAUUGGAAAAUUUAUUAGCACCAAAGCAGUGGGCACUAACACCCGAGUGGACGUCACUAAUAAUUACAAAUAUCCUGAAGGAUCCUCCAAAGAAAGGCAGGUGUACAAAAAGGCACUGAAGCUGCUGGGUGUGAGUAGCACUGGAAGAAGAAAAAAAGUUACAAAACCCAGGAGACGAUUUCCAGUAGCAGGGAGACAAAAUAUGCCAGUGACCAGACAAAAACCCACUGUCUCAGGGAAGCUGAAGCUGGAUGCAUCUCCUGUAAUAGGCCAGGAUAUCCUCCUCACCUUGGCACUGCAAAAUUUGACUGCAGAUUUCAAGACUAUAAAGGUUAAACUGAGAGCUUCAGCUGUUCUCUACACAAGAAGACCAAAGGCAGAGAUCUUGCAGUGGUCAAGGUCUAUUCAACUUGGAUCUGAAGAAGUGAAAGAGAUCUCAUUCAAGAUCUCCUACUCUCAGUACAAAAAUGCUCUGCUGGAUGACAGGAAGAUCCUAGUGACUGCUGUGUGUGAAGCCAGACAGGGAGCAUCACUUCUAGUGGAGAAAGAUAUUGUACUUCAGGAUCCUCUUCUCACCAUCGAGGUCCUUGGUCCAACAGUGGUACACAAAGCCACUAACGUGCUGGUCACAUUUACCAACCCCCUGUCUGAAGUGGUGACAGACUGUGUGCUGAAAGCAGAAGGUAGCGGCCUGCUCAAAGAGCAACUCAACAUCAAUGUGGCAAGAAUGGCCCCCAUGGAGACCUCAACGGCUGAGUUUGAGAUCAUUCCCUACAAGAGUGGCAUCAGGCAGCUUCAAGUGGACUUGGCUUGCAUCCGUUUUUCAAACAUCAAAGGAUUUGUGAUGCUUGAUGUGGCUCCUGCCCAGUGAUACAACAGCUUUACACCAGUUCUGUUUUGUCUUGGUUUAUGAGACUCACAGUGCUCAACCGUUAUUAGGACUAGAAAUGUAGAAAUGCAGAUUACUCAGCCAAAACAAGUGAUGAAACAUCAACAAAAAGGCACCAUACACUGUACUGUUCUGAGUUUUGCAAAGCAGCUCAGUGAAGUUUCAGACAAAGCCAAACCUGAUACCUAUCCUGCUUUGUUGAUAGAAAUGACAUACUUUCUGUCUGCACCUUCCUAAUUUAAGUGCUGCCAAAAGCUUUCAGGAUUUAUAUAACUUUGGCCUGACUGCUGUGUUUCACUGUUUUUCAAGUACAAAUGACAGCAAGAAAAAAGUGACAAUCAAGGAAGAUUUCCUGCAGAAAAUACUAACCAAGCUAUUCUACUGGCCCAGAGGGAAUAACCCUAAACUGUAUCCUCCUCAUAAGAAAUGGCAGUAGUUCCCUUUGAGUAUUUACUAUUUUAGGCUUUGCUGAGCCUAAACACGAGCAAUUUCCUGAAAAUAAAACUUAAUGUGCGUAGAGAUCCACCUUAGAUGCUCUCUGGCUUCACAACAUUGCCUGCUUCUAGUCUGAAUCUAUUCUAGGCUGCAGCAAAGGCAAACAGUGUAUUGGUCCUCAUCAUUUUGGAAUGAUGCACUGUGAUUAAAUUCGAUUGGUCUGGGGAAACGUUGGGUAUUUUCAGUUUACUCCAGUUCAUCAACUUCUCCCUGCUCUGCCCUGAAGAACUGGCUGAACUUUUCAAUGAGACCACUUGAGAAAAGGGAGCCCACUACAAGUAUUGCUGUUUUGCUCUGACUUGACUGUCAGGGCUGUGAAGCGCCCAGACCUGCUGCUACAUGACUCCCUCAGCCAUCUGUAUCUUACAAAACCACCGUAUCCGCCCUCCCUAUUCAUGACAGAGGAACUGCCGCCUGUUGCUUUAUGCCAAGCAGACAGGAGGAAAGCAAAACUGAUUUUUCAGUUUGCAAAGGCAGAUGUUGUGCAGCGCUUCCAGAAGUGCUGAGGAAGCAGGCUGGUAGAAAAGGCUCAGCACAGCCUGCCAGAAGGAUGUGUGAAGGAGUCGUGUAUCCUCUUUCCACAAAGCUGCUAAAAGUAGGUCACCAUCCUCUGUGAGAAAGGUAUUGUGACACCCAUAUCUCAAUCCCAGCAACAACGUAUCAAUAUAUUCCUUGUAGUGAAGAAAACAAAAUUAACAAAGAUAUGAAUUUUCCUAAGACACAGUUUGUCCAUUUCCUCCUACCAACACCUACCAUGAGGGAUGCCUAGGAAUGGAGCCUCAGCUUCCCCUAAAGGAAUGUUUCACAGAUGCAAACUGAUUCUGUGACAGAUUAAACUGAGGUCUCAUUCAAAUUUCUUUGUUUUGAAGCCAACGCAAUCUCCAAAACACGUACAUUGCUGUUUUAUUACAUCCAUUACACUACUCUGACACCCACAUAUAUACUUACAAGGGUCCCCAAAGCUAGUCAAAACCAGUCAGUCCAGUGAGACUGGAAUGAAAACUGAAAAGGUUACACAUAUAUGAAUGCAGGAAUUUGGAUUUCUCCAGGCAAAGCAGAGGGGGAAUGAGUAGCUUUGCACCUACCAAUUAACUCUUACAGAAUCUUGGAAAGUCAGGGUAUACGAUCCUCUAUUCACCUCAGAAGGGGCCUCGAGGUGGUGAUUAAAUUCACAACAUCUCAUUCAGUCUUGCAAGAACACAGGCUGACACUGCAGUCUGACAUUACACUCAACACACAGUACAGCUAAGCCAUUUAAAUUCCUUCACUAUUUGUCCUUAAAUACAACCCAGGAAAUGAUCUAACACAGUGUUUGUCACAAGAGCUUGGCAUCACCUCGUCCUAAUUAACUAUUUAUAAAGGAAGCCUACUGUUCAAAGGGAAAUCAGCAAGAACACUUGUGCAAAGUCCUCUGCUUUGCAACACGUGGGGAUAUUGGGUUUUUGGGGUGUCAGCAUUAACUGCCCUCAGCAACCACACCCAGCUCAACUGCAGUGCUAAAGUGCAGAUUUAUCUGUCCAGUGAUGUACAAAAAAUACACAUUCCUCCUGUGUUAGACAGAUGGUUAAUUAAACUAAUAAUUAUCACAGAGAAAAAUGUUUAAAUGCCUGAAGAAAGAUUCAAAUACUUUGACCAAACCUCCAAUCGAUACAGCCCUUAGUCAGAAAUCAAUAGGAGUUAGCAGAGUAACACACAGUUAAUUAUCAGCAUUUUGCUUUAUAAAUAUACCAUUUAAACCUGAAUAUGCACAAGAGGCUGGUCCAGCCCUCAUUCCACUUUGAUCAAUCCAAUAAGUAAUAAUAAUAACAAUGUAAGCACUAGCUGAAAUCAAACAUUCACACUAUGAAUUUGGCAAAAAAGGUCUCAAAGACAGUAAAUGCUUCUCCCCAAAAUUGUUUUCUUGAUACAAGUUUCUCAGGCCUUGAUUCAAACUGUCAAUUAAACAACUACCCUUCUACAGAUUUCUUUAUCUUUUUAAUCUGAGAUAGCCCAAGUUAGUUGUUUAAAAGCACUCCAUUGCUUUGGCUGUCACCAAAGCUGUACUGCUUUAAUGCAUCUAUCACACACCUACUCAAUGUGGACAACACUAGUCACUAUAGAAGGCAAUAAAAGACACAGUGUAAGCUCUUGAAAUACAAGAAAUCACACCCAUGACUAAAAUUCACCUCUAAUACCUGGAUGAGCCAUGUCAGAGGUAGACCAAGCUCUAUGUAUUUUUUAAGCACUACAUUCAGAAUGAUCUAAACAUUAAUGAUGCUAACAUAAUACUCCAAGGUAAAGGUAAUAAUGUCAAUAAAGAACUUUAUGGAUUCAUAUUUGGACCUAUACACACCCCAAAUCCCCAACUCUAUAAAGAUAACACAGUAACAACCAGGCAGGAUGGAUACUUCCAAGGAUCCACAUUUCCAAGGACCCUAUGAAUCAUUUCCCUUUCAGAUUUCUGUGAGCCUGUCAGGGAUGUAAUGGACACACAGCUGCCAGAACACAUGCCUGAGUGAAGUCCUUCAGAAGAAGCAGUUUUUUUGCUGUACAAAAAUCUACUCAUGACACAAAGCCAUUUAAAUCACUCAGUACCAAAAAGCUAUGAGGAACUUCAUAGGGUCAUAAACAAGAGAAAGAACAGACACUAUAAAAGUCACUGAAAUUCAGCACAGCUGGUAAGUGAUUUUUAGUCACUCAUCAUGUAGAGUGUUACAUCAACUGUAUCAAGUGCAAAAAGAGAUCCCAGCAUAAACAGGCGACUCAACCGAGAUUACAGCAUCCCAUGUUUCUCUGAUUUCCACUAAUGACAUGUUAGAUUGCAAAGCAGACAGGAGGGGAGUACUACUACAAAGAAUAUUGUUAACAAGAGCUCCAAGUGAAAUUAGUACAAGAUAAUGCUUUGCUUGCAGAGGUGGGGCUCAUGCACGUCCUUCUCAGGCAUCUGGUGUUACGUAUGUACUGGCAGAGACAAGAUUAGAUUGGAUGAACCUCCAUUCUGAUCCAGUUUGGCAAGUUGUACAUGCUUAUGCUUCUGUUGCAUUUUAGAGACAAGUACAGGUUUGGACUUGGUUAAUACCAAGUGAACAAAUGAUGAUUCUUACUGAGUCCUUACAAGGAAGGAGGCAAUUCACCCAGUUGUUUCAUGGAUCUUCUGCACGUGCUGUUGAACAUACUAAUGCUGGUAUUGCAGUCUCAGAGGCUUAAAGCAGGGUGCUGCUAGUCUAGUUGCAAUUGCAGUUUUAGAAACAAUGGUACAUAUCAGAAGAAUAACUUGUGUUAAACCUGUGAGUUACAUUGACAACUAGCAACUGCUCAGUACAAUGAACUGGAACUUUAUCUUUUUGGAGCCAGAAACAUAUAAGUAAUAUCUAUUCAAAAAGCAUAUGAAAGAACCACCAUUAAUGCAAACUCUCAAGACAAAAUAAGUCAAAACAUUACUGAAUUUAUGCCUCACAGUUCAGAUUAAAAAAUAAAGCAAAACCUGUUUUUCUGAAGGGUCUGAUCUUUUCUGAGGAAUCCUGGGGCAACACCUCUGGAAGACCUAUAUCAUAGAGCCACCUGUCAUUGCAUCUGAAGAACUGCACACUUCUCCAUUUCCUGACACGGAAGAUAUUGCUAACAACAGGAAGUGCUGCAGUGGGAGCAGGCAAUAAGAGCAGAGAACUUGCAUAUGCAGCUCUAAGUUCAGUUACACUGAGUGCAUGGAAGAAAACAGCCCUUCAAAACAUUGAUGUUACCACCAUUUAACACCAAAAUAUGAGGAACACAAAUUCCUGUAGGCAUACUUUGGAAAUAUCUAUCAACAUACUUAAAAGUGCUCGUAUAGAGACAUGCAAACUGCUGGCUGCUUAUAGCAAAUAGACAGUCUCAACUCAGAUUCUUGUCUAUGCAGUUAAAACUACAAUAUACAAAAUGGGCAGCACCAUUUUUGCACCAGCAGCGCCUGGGCUCCCCUUUACCAAACUCAAGUGCUGAAUAAGACAAGAAUGGCAACUGUCCUUUAAAGGAACAAACUAAAACUGACAAGUCUCAUGAAAAACCAACACAUGAAAAUCUGAUACACUACAGAUACAGGCAACUCACAUGUAGGACAUCUCAGCACUUCCUCCUGCUGAAUGUUUGUUUCAGAUCUUGAGUGUAAAAUCUCAUGCAUCUAAUUUCAGAUUUUAAAUUUUCAUUAGAUAGAGUGCCAGUAAAGCACUGCAGCACUGCCUAUGGAAGUCUCAUUAGUAUGAGAAGUCUCCAAGAGUGAUGCCUCCUAUUUAUUUUUCCCAUGGAAACUACAACAGAUACAAAGAGCACGAUAAUGUUAUAUGAUAGAGCAAAUCCUCAGCUACAAAAAGCUACUUUUUCAACACAGUCACUGCAAUUAACUACGCAUUUUCACCAGUGAUGAACAAGAGCCUGUAUGCUAUGAUCAUAAAAAUAUGCACUAGUGGAUGUGACCCAACGUUGCCACUGCUGAAAUGCACCACCUCACUGUGCUCACUGCCACCAUUUGGUCUUCAUAAAUGUUCAUCAAGCAUUGAUGAAUGUCAACAGGUCUGAGUGUUUCCACAUGGGGGAAUUCAGUCACACCCCUUGGCUUCACACACACUUCCAUGCCAGACGUCAUUCUGUCAGACUGCCCCCCUGCUGCCAUCUGUCACACAGCAACAAAAUGAAACAGAAUGCUGGUGGGAAGGUUUAACUUCUACAGCCAUACAACUGACUCUGACAUUACAGGCCAACAAAAUAGGAGGCAUUACUUUCAGAGAAGCCCCCAUAUGUUGAACCUUUCAGCAGAUUACCAUUCUAGUGUGUCUUUGAUGUAAUGAUAGACACAAAAGGACACAAGUAGCCCUCUGUUCAGUUUAUAAAGUAUUCACUAGUGAAUCCUACCUAGCAAGUUCUUGCAGUUGCUGGCUUGACCACAGUGUGGAGGUGGUGAGGUAAAGACCUGCUUGAAUCUCUGAA